AGCAUGCAAGCACGAGGGUGAAAUUUGUUGAUAUUCUGUGCGUGUGUGUUUUCAUAAUUAUUUUAAAUAUAAUGGCCGAUAACAACAAGAAACUCUUGCCGGAUACCCAAAAUCGAGCUCGAAAAAGAUCUUUUCAACCACAAGAAUGGAAAAGGGAAAAAGCUAAAGUAGCAAGAUAUUCACCUAAAUCUUUACCAGAAUUUCCCAAAUGUGGACAUAGGGAAAGUAAUGGACCAUUUCUAUGCUGGCAUCUUACCAUGAACGAUAUGAAGGAGUUUCAUAGAAGUUUUUAUUCAAGCAAGAAGAAAGCUGACCAAGAUGCAUUUCUUUUAAGUUAUUGCUCAGGAUCCACGCCUGCAAGAAAAAGAAGUAGAGGGCGUGCUGCUAGUAAGCCAAAAGCAGUGUCUUUAACCUAUAAGGUACGACAGCAAGACGGUAAAGCAGUUCAAGUAUGUAGGGAGGCAUUUUUGGGUAUCUUAGGAGUGAAAAAGGACAGAAUAUUGCGCCUGGUGAAAAAGUUUAUAAACACAGGAACAGCGCCAAAGGAGAAUCGUGGCGGUGAUCGUGUUAUGGGGAAAAACGAUGACAAAAAGGUUUGCAUGAAGACAUUCAUUGAAUCAUUAAGGUGCACCGAAAGUCACUAUUGCCGCUCUGAUAGUCCACAUCGUGUUUAUUUGCCUUGUGACUUAAACAUAAAAAAACUAUGGAAUGUCUACAACGAACAAGCUAAGCCUGAUCAAAAAGUGAAGCAGUGCUACUUUCGAAAAUAUUUUAAUAGGAAAUACAACGUUGGAUUCGGAACACCUCAAACAGAUCUUUGUUCAACCUGUCUUCAAUAUAAAGAAAAAAUUAGGAGAUGCACGGAUCCUAAGGAAAAGCGGUCAUUUAUUACAAAUCACAGAGUCCAUACUCUUGAAGCCAAAAGCUUCUUUGCUUUUCUCAAACAAAACUCCGAUGAAGUAGUAAAUAUUUCUUUUGACUGUCAAAAAAAUUUACCCCUACCAAAAUUACCCGAUUAG